AUGCUUCCUCCAAUCCUCAGAAUGGCCGCCUUGGCUCUCCUCUUCCCCAUGGUCAGUGCAGAGGGCGGCUUCACCAAGACGUGCUUCCUCGGUGGUGCCAGCCUCGACGACAAAAAAUACCUCGGCACCACUUGCACCAACGAAAAGCACGAGAUCUACGGCUAUGACUAUUCCGCCCUGAACCUCGAUUGGUGCCUCACAAACGACGGAGGUCGGCUGGCGUUUGCAUCCGAGUGA